GGUCACACAGGAGUUGGUACUGGAGCUAUGGGUGUCCUCCCACACCCCCUUGGCCCGGGUCAUCCCGAAUCCCCAGGCAGGGCGGCUCCAGCGCCCACGUGGCCCAAGGCCCAGGCGGGAAUCCGACUCCCUCUUUCCCCCAUUACCCAGCCUGAGGGCGGCGCCGUCCAGGCGCAGGGGAGCGCCCUCCUUCGCCGGUGCCUAGCAAGACCUCAGCCUCGAGCGCCGGCGCCCCCACCCCAGGAAUUUAACCCACUCCCCACCGAAAGCCGCGCCACAGCGCCGCAUUCCCAGCCCGCGGGACCCAGCAGAUGGAGCAAGGAGACCGGGGGAGGGGGAAAGAUCCCUCCAGCCCCUCCACCAGAGCCCGCGGGCAGUGCGCCUGAGAGGACUUGGCUCCAGUGGACCCAUACCUACCUGGCGGCCUCAUACUGCAUAGGGCCACCCAGGGCAGGAGAUUUAAAACCCAGGACUACAACUGCAGCGAUCAAGUCCUCUAAGCUCAUCGGCUGGGGAGUCCCAGGGCAGAGCCUGACCUGUGUGAGCAGCUGUGGGCACCUGACAACACUGGAUCUGGCAGGAAGGAGUGGUUUGAAGAGCUAUCUGGUAUCUACCCUCAGUGCUGGAGCGUCCCCAGGCUUGGUUGGGGAAACCAGAUUCAACCCCACUGAAGUUGGAAAGAACAGCCCAGGUUGUGGGUCUCUCUUCCAGCUUCCAGGAUCCUCUCCUGCCCUGUUGGUUCUGGGGACCUUGGGCCUCUCCCUAGUGAUUAAGCCUGGCCCCAGACAUGAACCCUCUGGGACUCCUUCACUUCUAGAGGCACCACCUCAGGGGCCACCAUCUCUGAACCACUGAUGUAUGCUUGGUUUUCUAAACAUUUAAUACACCACAGUUCUAGGAGGAGGAAUCCCUAGCAUCCAUUUUUCAGAUGAGCUGAAUUAUAGAGAGGUCAAGCAAAUUGUCCUCCUUCCAGUUACCCAACUGGGAAGCGGCAGAGUAGAACUUAAACCCAAGCAGCCUGGUUCUGGCCCAGAGUCCUUAAGGAUUGUACCGCAGAAUAG